AUGAGCUUCCGAAGAAGCUGGUGCUCCUUUGUAUUCUUCUAUUCGUCCCUGCUACUGCUAGCGACAAUUGCUCAACUGGCCACGACAACCUUGGCGCAGGCCAGCCCUAACAGGACGGUGGUCGAGGAAGUACCAGGCUGGCUCCGCAUCUACUCCGACGGCACCGUCGAGCGGCUGACACCGCCGGGAGGGGAGCCUUUCAUCGACAUCGUCCCACCCUGGAUCCCGGCGAUCCUCGUCCACUUCCACGGUGGCGGCUUCUACGUCUCCCGCCCUUCGUGGGCGCUCUACCACAACUUCUACGCUCCUCUCACCGCCAAGCUAAAAGUCGCCGGCAUCGUCUCCGUCUACCUCCCGCUCGCGCCCGAGCACCGCCUUCCAUCUGCCAUCGACGCCGGCCACGACGCGCUUCUCUGGCUCGGUGACGUCGCGUGCGGCAAGAACGUCACUUACUCUGCACCGGUGGAACGUCUCCGGAAAGCAGCCGACUUCUCCCGUUUAAUCCUCAUCGGCGACAGUUCUGGCGGCAACCUUGUGCACCUCGUAGCCGCACGUGCUGGCGGGGACGGCAUGGGUGCUCUCCACCCAGUGAAGCUCGCCGUGUACUCUGGGUUACAUGCAACAAAGAGCCGGUCGGAGCUUGAGAACCCUCCGAGCCCGUUCUUGACCCAGGAGAUGGUGGACAAAUUCCUGGCGCUUGGAUUGCCGCUGGGGGAUACCAAGGACAGCCCCUACACGUCCCCGGAGCUCGCAGCCAAGGCAGUCCAACAUGUUGCGAUGCCGCCAUUGCUGCUCAUGGUUGCAGAAAAGGAUUUGCUUCGUGAUCCGCAGGUGGAUUAUGGAAAGGCCAUGGUGCUUGCUGGGAAGGAGGUGGAGACGAAGUUUGUUCAUCAUCGUGUAUAUCGACAUUGUGGCAAGCAGCGUGUUCACUCAUCAUAG